GGCUGUGGAGAAGCAGAAAACGCGACCUGCAGAAAGAUAAAGCCUGAGGACGUGUACACUUGAAGCAGGUUAAAGUACAGUUGUGGGGAAAGAGACCUCUUGCUGCUGUGUCUGAUAAUGGCAGCUCCUGAGGUCGUGUUGGUGGGAUCUUGUAUGACUGAUCUGGUGAGUCUUACCACUCGUCUACCCAAAGCUGGAGAGACCAUACAUGGGCACAGGUUUUUCACUGGAUUUGGAGGGAAAGGUGCCAAUCAGUGUGUCCAGGCUGCACGGCUUGGGGCUGAAACCUCAAUGAUCUGCAAGGUUGGGAAGGAUUCCUUUGGUUAUGAUUAUAUUGAAAAUUUCAAGAAAAAUCGGAUUCCUACAGAUUUUGUAGGUCAAGCCGAGAAUGCAGCCACAGGAGCUGCUUCAAUCAUUGUUGAUAAUGAAGGGCAGAACUUUAUUGUCAUUGUUGCGGGAGCAAAUUUACUUCUGGACUCUGAAGACUUAAAGAGGGCUGCUCCGGUCAUCUGUCAAGCCAAAGUAAUGGUCUGUCAACUUGAAGUAACCCCAGCUAUUUCUCUGGAAGCUUUGAAACUGGCACACAGCAGUGGAGUGAAGACAUUAUUUAACCCUGCUCCAGCUCUUGCCGACCUAGAUCCACAAUUUUAUAUCUAUUCCAACAUCGUCUGCUGCAAUGAAAGUGAGGCUGAAAUUCUAACAGGCAUCACUGUCAGUAAUGCCCAAGAUGCUGGUCGCGUGGGCCUUGUGCUGUUAGAGAGAGGCUGUGAGACUGCAGUCGUAACCUUGGGCCCAGAGGGAUGCGUAAUGGUCUCUGCAAAGGAACCCAUUCCAAAACACAUUCCUGUUAAGAAGGUCACCGCUGUGGACACCACGGGAGCAGGUGACAGCUUUGUGGGAGCACUGGCUUUCUACAUGGCUUACUACCCCAACCUGCCACAGGAAGAAAUGCUGAAAAGGGCCAACUUUAUUGCAUCAGUUAGUGUCCAGACAACAGGAACACAGACUUCCUUUCCCUAUAAGAAAGACCUGCCACAGGAUCUAUUUUAAGUUUUAUCUGUAGAAUUA